CAGUACAGCAGGGGUGGCGGUGGCACCACCCAAGCUUGGCAGCAAUGACAACACAUGGGAAAGUUUCCUAAGAACAACCACACCUGUGACUGGGACAACAAUCCCUAUCAUUUCAAGACAGCCUGAUUACAAUGACUUACGGUGGUUUCCAGAGGCUUAAACACUUCCAGAUGAUCUGCAGGGCUGCGGCUUGUGAAGAGACAGAAGGAAAAUCACGCGGAGCCCAUAGUCAGGAGUGAAGACUGAAUUUACUAUUGUGUGACGAUUCACCUCGACCACCAAGAUGAGUCAAGCUACAGAUACCUGGAAACUGGUCAACGUAAAAGAGCACAGCUGGUACCAGCAAAGCUUAGUCUAUCAGAAGAAAUCCUUCCAACACCGGUUUAUGCAAAAAGAUGGCAGCUGCAAUGUCUAUUUCAAGAGCAUCAUUGGCGAGUGGGAGAGUUACGUUGUGGACAUCUUCACCACGUUGGUCGAUAUCAAGUGGCGUCACAUGUUGAUUAUAUUUUCCUUAUCAUACAUUUUAACAUGGCUCUUGUUCGGGUUUAUCUUCUGGAUCAUCGCUUUGCAACACGGAGAUCUCAGUGACAUGGACAUAACCCCUUGUGUUGACAAUGUCCACACAUUCGCGGGAGCAUUUCUGUUCUCCCUCGAGACGCAGACGACUAUUGGCUAUGGUAGCCGUUGCGUUACUGAGGAAUGCUCUUUAGCAAUACUGCUGGUCACUCUGCAAUCCGUUUUCAGCUGCAUCAUUGACACAUUUAUUAUAGGUGCUGCUAUGGCCAAGAUGGCCACGGCCCGGAAAAGGGCUCAGACUGUACGUUUCAGCUACUUUGCUCUUGUCGGCAUGCGGGAUGAAAAACUGUGCCUUAUGUGGCGGAUUGGUGACUUCCGUUCAAAACAUGUAGUUGAGGGUAAUGUGAGGGCCCAACUAUUACGCUAUUAUGAAGACCAUGAGAAAGGGAUUGUCAUGGAAUACAAAGAUCUCAAACUAGUCAAUGAUCAAAUCAUACUGGUCACGCCAGUUACUGUUGUCCAUGUUAUUGACCAAGAUAGUCCUUUAUAUGCUCUAGAUCGUAAAGCGGUGGCUGCAGCCAGAUUUGAGAUCUUGGUUACAUUUGUCUACACAGGGGACUCUACUGGAACAUCCCAUCAGUCUAGAACGUCCUACUUGCCCCGGGAAAUCCUUUGGGGCUUCCGAUUCAACAACAUCUUAGAGGCAAAGAAAAAAUAUUAUAAAGUGGAUUGUGAGCAGUUUGAGGAAAUGACUGAAUACUAUGCCCCGUUCUGCAGCGCAAAGCAGCUGGACAUCAAUAACAUGCCCGCAAGUCCGUCCACUACCUCCAUGUCUAACGGUGUAUCUAGAAUGCGACCUCCUAGAUCCAUAGCUAAUGUCUUGUCCACCGUUGAGAUCACCAACUCAAUGAACAACUUCUUGCCCAAUGCUUCAUCUACCACCUCGCUGUCCAAAGACUUACUCAACAUCGCAUAUCCACGUUCCAUGCCCAAUGGCUUGUCCAGCAUGUCCCAAAGCGUUACCACAGUGUCAUCGUUAGAUACUACAGAUAGCAACUAUGAAAACGACGCAGAGCACAACCCAACUUCCCAAGACCUGGAAGAAAGUUCUUACCAAAAAAUAUUUAAGACUUUGAGCAAAAUGUCAUUAGAAUCCUAAAUGAAGAGGCUCAUUCAUGACGUUGUAGUAACACUUAGCUUUCUUAACCUCGGAUAGUUACCAACUGCUGCCUGUGCCUCAGAUAGACACACCCAGGUCAUGUAAAACGUAGGUUCUUCUUUAUAGAUGAGACAUACCAACUAUAUUAGCCAUUAAGACUUUGCAGUAUUCAAAAAAAUCUUCCAUUCAUCCCAUGGAAAUGGUAGGUGAGGUCAAGUGUUUAUGAAGGAAGCAUUUAAAGAGACUAAUAUGAGAUACCUUCAGAGGCACAUAGAGUAGAUGAUGAUGAUGGACCUCUUUGUAUAGAGGUAUUGGUGAUGAGCAGCAUCUGUCAGUGACAACUCAUGUCAUUAUGUUGUCUUUAGCAUAUACUGUACAGAAGCGGAACACCCAUAGGAGUUCACUGGGAGACUGAAAUCACACAAGCUUUUAUUGUCAAAGGACAAUCACGACCAUCAAGGACCGCAUUCAGAGGGGUGCAAUGUGACCACGUAUUAUUGAACUUGAUAGAUUUAUGUAUUUUUUCAACUAUAUUAACUAUGUAACUAUUAUGGCCACAAGACUCACAGUGGUUCAAGUGAUCUUAAAGGGGUUGAUUCAUCUCGCCCUUUGGUGGCAUAUCAUUAGCACAUACACCAAUGUCCGAUAGGUGUGGGUCCCUCCCCUGGGACCUUUACCUAUUUCUACAGCAUGGCCUUUAAAGUGAAGGAGAGCGCACUGCCCAUGCAUGACAUGUUGUCCAUUCACUUCAGCUGAGCGAGAGUGCUCAGUUAUUUCCAUUCACCAGUGCUCAGCUAUUCUCGGUACUCCCAUAUAAGAGAAUAAAGGUUGGCCGUGCUUGUGCGGUGCGCCCUCGAUCACUUUGGAACACAUUCUGGAGAUAGGAAUGGGUUUCAGAGGUGGGAUCCGCACUUAUGGGACAUUGGUGCCACCAAAAUGUGAGAUGGGCCAAACCUUUAACUUACCCAGAGAACUAUAUAGCGACCUAAGUUCAGCUAACUAGAAUAAUGGGUAGUCCAGAUCCUGCUAAAAAUGAAGCUACAAUAGAGCUGUCUGAAUGCAGCCAUAUACUACAUAUAUCCCGCUUUUCUCUUGUUUCGCCUGGGGUGAGGUCGGUGAAACAACAAGGCAACAACUAAAAAUGUCCUUUCCGAUGAGAUAGUAAAUCUACUAUAACCUGUCACUGGUUUAGGGGGCCAUGAAACACAAAGACUGUUAUGAUAUAUAGCUGGGAUUAAGGGUCCCAAACAUGCCCCUAGCAAACUCGCCCAUCCCAGCAAAGAAAAGUAAAUGAAAAUCAAAUUUAUCUGGAGAAGAGUCCAUGACUCUUCUCCAGCAGCAUCGGGCACAUGCGAACUGUGCUGUACAAGGUAUAACUAUCUCACCUUGCAUGUGCCCGAUGGGCAGUGCAUAUCCAGUGAAGAAAGGUGCGCGGUCCUCGGCUUCAUCUCCGUAGUACGCAUACGUCCGAUGCUGCUGGAGAAGAGUCCCAGACUCUUUUUCCUCGAGGUUUGAUUUCCAAUUACUAUAACAGCACUCUGGUUUAGUGGCACCGUAAAAAAAAGUGACUGUUUGCUUUUAAUGGAUGCCAGCUACUGGGUGACAACCACGCUAGAAUCCAUUCUUGGUGCCUGCGGCGGUUGUCACAGAUGAUAAAUUUAUCAUAUAUCGUGUGGAUAAGGUGAUAAAUGCUUUUUGCUGGAUAACUCCUUAGGACUCCAUGACCAUUUGCCUUGUGUUAUAUCAGGUAAAAAUUCUGUGGAGCCUGUUGGGGGAAAGGAGGUCUCUACAGUGUGAGGAGCUCACCCUACAGCUCCUCAUAUCUGAGCUUCCUGGAGUAUGAGAUAGAAGACAGACGGAUACCAGGUUAAACGCCAAAUUGCAGAGCAGAGAAGCGUGCUGCAUAAGGUUUUAUCCUAUGUGACUUGUCUGCAGUAUGCUCCUGAGCUCCCUCUAGUGGUGGCUGCAGGCACCUAUGCAGAGGAUUUCGAGCUCUGUUUCAAAAGAGCUUAGCUCCAAUUCAGCACAGAAUAUUAUUU